UAUCUAAAUCUAUUGAAUCGCUCUAAAUAUGCCAAGGUAAAUUAAUUCAGAAUCACACCUGUUUUGAUGUCCACCUUUACUAUCGAUAUUAUGAUUCAACAAUCAAUUCAAAUCAAAUCCACCUAAUAAUCUCGUACUACUUAAACAGAUCUAGCGUCCUUUCACUUCUGUUCAAUGUUUUUCAGAGCGUUAUCAAUCUAAUUUAAAGGUGUUAGUAGAUUUCUGUUAUCAUGGCACAAGCAAUCAUCAGCCCUCACUUCUGCAGUCCGUACCCUGUUGAUCUUGGAAUCGUCAGACAAGUUCUGUCCGGCAACUUUUCAGUCAAGGAUGUUAAUGGCAAUACUGUUUUCAAAGUCAAAGGAGCAUUUUUGAGCUUGCGUGAACGCCGAGUCUUAGUUGAUGGUGCUGGGAAUCCCAUUGUCACUCUUCAAAAGAAGUUGCUGAGUACACAUCAUAGAUGGGAAGUUUAUAGGGGUGAUAGCACGGAUUCGGGGAAUCUGGUCUUUAGUGUUAAGAAAUCUUCGGUGGUUCAGUUGAAGACGAAAUUGCACGUUUUCUUGGCAAAUAAUAAAGGAGAGUAUGCCCCUGACUUCAAGGUGAAGGGAAGUUGGUUUGAACAAUCUUGUGUUGUAUAUUCUGGGAAAUCCAAGUCCUCCAACAUUUUUGCUGAAAUGCACAAGAAGCACACAGUUACAAGCGUGUUGUUUGGGAAGAACAAUUUCGUGGUCACAGUGUAUCCAGGUGUUGACCAAGCACUCAUUGUCGCACUUAUUUUCAUCCUUAAUGAGAUAAACUUCAGUGGUUCUGGUUCUAAUUCUGGUUCCGGCGGAGACUAAUUUGGAUAUACUUGAAGGGAGUUUGUGCGUUUGCCUUUGUGUUUAGUCAUUAGUUCACUUAUUUUUAUAUGACUAUAUGUUAUGCAUGUAGGUUCAUUGGGUUGAUCUAGCUAGUAUAUAUGUUCGUCCCCAUUGGCAUUAUAAUUGGACCCCCUUCACUCCCUCAAAUAUAUGAGCAUCA